AUGGAAGGCCGGCACUAUGAAGUAGUCACUGGGCGCUACGAUGGAAGAGUGUCAAGCUUCGAUCUGGCAAGCACAACACUGCCAGGAGCUCACACAGUUGGGGCCUCCAAGUGUUUUACUUUCGCCAACGGCCGAUUUGAUCGCAUAUACAACUUCAAAAACACCAGCAAGCAAGAUGAAACUGUGAAUCCCGAGUAUUUGCCAUAUCUCCGGAAAAAAUGCCCUCUUGGAGGAGAUUUCACCGCGAGCACAGUCGAGUUUGACACGGGCUCCCAGUUUAAUUUCGACAACUGGUACUUCAAGAACUUGGAGAAGAGGAAUGAUCUUCUCACCUCUGACCAGGACCUCUUUCAGAGUCAAUUCACAAGUGGAACGGGAACAAUCCCGAUAAGUUUGCCCGGGACUUCGGGCAGUCCAUGA